AUGGCAAACACACAUAUCCUCACAGAAAACGUCGAGACAUCCACAGACAACACAGAUAUCCUCUCAUACAACAUCGAGACAUCCACAGGCAACACAGAUAUCCUCUCAUACAACAUCGAGACAUCCACAGGCAACACCGAUAUCCUCUCAUACAACAUCGAGACAUCCACAGACAACACAGAUAUCCUCUCAUACAACAUCGAGACAACAACAGGCAACACAGAUAUCCUCUCAUACAACAUCGAGACAUCCACAGGCAACACAGAUAUCCUCUCAUACAACGUCGAGACAUCCACAGGCAACACCGAUAUCCUCUCAUACAACGUCGAGACAUCCAUAGGCAACACAUAUAUCCUCUCAUACAACGUCGAGACAUCCACAGGCAACACAGAUAUCCUCUCAUACAACGUCGAGACAUCCACAGACAACAUCGAUAUCCUCUCAUACAACAUCGAGACAUCCACAGACAACAUCGAGACAUCCAUAGGCAACACAUAUAUCCUCUCAUACAACGUCGAGACAUCCACAGGCAACACAGAUAUCCUCUCAUACAACAUCGAGACAUCCACAGACAACAUCGAUAUCCUCUCAUACAACGUCGAGACAUCCACAGACAACACAGAUAUCCUCUCAUACAACAUCGAGACAUCCAUAGACAACACAGAUAUCCUCACAGACAACAUCGAGACAGGCAACACAGAUAUCCUCUCAUACAACAUCGAGACAUCCACAGGCAACACAGAUAUCCUCUCAUACAACAUCGAGAAAUCCACAGACAACAUCGAUAUCCUCACAGACAACAUCGAGACAUCCACAGACAACAUCGAUAUCCUCUCAGACAACGUCGAGACAUCCACAGACAACACAGAUAUCCUCUCAUACAACAUCGAGACAUCCACAGACAACAUCGAUAUCCUCUCAGACAACGUCGAGACAUCCACAAACAACACAGAUAUCCUCACAGACAACAUCGAGACAGGCAACACCGAUAUCAUAUCAGACAACAUCGAGACAUCCACAGGCAACACAGAUAUUCUCACAGACAACGUCGAGACAUCCACAGACAACACAGAUAUCCUCUCAUACAACGUCGAGACAUCCAUAGGCAACACAGAUAUCCUCUCAUACAACAUCGAGACAUCCACAGACAACACAGAUAUCCUCUCAGACAACGUCGAGACAUCCACAGACAACACAGAUAUCCUCACAGACAACAUCGAGACAUCCACAUCCAACACCGAUAUCCUCUCUGACAACGUCGAGACAUCCAUAGGCAAUGCUGAUAGAUAUCACCAAACACCUAGAGACAUCGUAGGUAUAAUUCACAGGCAACGCUAA